AUGCAGGACCACCGUGACGCACCCGACCAAGCCACCGCAGCCGACGCGCCCGACCCCGCCGCGAUGGCCAACCCCGUCGCGUCUCCGUCCACCGAGCCGCCAGUGGAGGACUACCUCACCGACAUCGACACCCGGUGCGGUCUCUUCGACCACUUCCGCGCGCGAUGCGGGCACGCCGACAAGUGCCCCAGUGCCGCGGUGUUCGCCGUGUUCAUGGUCGCCCCCGUGGAGGAACUGCGCACUUUCCUGCAGGACCGAUGUCUCUCCUCUUGGAAAUUAUUCCGGAGGCGAUCAAAGCUUGUACGUGUCAACGAUUUUUACAAAUCCUCCUUUUUGCUGGUUAUUAUUAUUUACCCUGCUGGCCGUUCUCUCGUUAUUAAUUACCUAACAAAAAUAGACGUUACCGACGCCCCCCCCGUCGAGGAGAAAGCUCUCGACAGGCAGAAAUGCGUGUUCUCCGAAACGCCCACCAACGCCCACCUGACCAGCCUCCUCCCGCCCUCCAACAUAUUCCAUCGGAUGAGGUACCACAUGCUCAACGAAGUCCUAGAAAACUUCUGGGGCCCCAACAAGGCCGCCGCCUGGCGCAGGAUGUUCCAUGAUAGAGACACCCACCCCGCGGCCAACGGAAUCCCCAUGAGCCGCCUAUACGACUACCUCUUCCGCCAGGCUUACUUCGCCCUCAAACCCCUCCGCGAAACCCCCGAGGGCGUGGUGGUGCAGUGGCAUUGGCUCACGCGAAGCCGCCUGUUGCCCGACAUCCCGUGUUACGACACGUACCGAACCUUUCGACAGGCGCAGCUGAUGGAGCGGCGGAGCGAGUGUGGCCCGGGUAGCGGGAAAGCCUGGCAGAUCCGCAACGGCCAGACGUUCCUCCUCCGCGCGGGGGACUCGGACAACAGACCGAGCUGGGCGCUGCUGGAGAUGCAGUGGGAUUUUCAGCGGGUGGUGGCGAUUUGCGGGGCGGGUGAUCAGCAUGAGGGGUUUGGGGAGUACAGUGCCAGGACGAGAUUAUACGUUCCAGGUGCUAGGAGGAGGAAUGGGAUGCUUUGGAUACGGUGGUUGGGAGACAGGGGCAUUGAGUUAUCAGAGCUCGACUGA